ACCAUAGUUUAUUUUGUUGAUAUGUGAUGCCCUCUUAAUCCAAAACGAGUCUUAGAAAAAUGCACUGUACCGUAUUUGGAUGAACAAAAGUAUUUGUUAACGUCAAUCGAACUGUUGUCAUUUUAAAGGGGGAUAUUUAUGGGCAGCUCGUGUCCGUGUUUAAGGUCCUGAGCCUCCAGUGUCAUUGGUGAAUGACCCAAUAUGUCACACGGCAGGUUAUUUGCCAGGCUGCUUUUGCAGCAAAGUGGCGUCAGGCACUGUUAUACAGGAACCAGGCAGAACCUCUACAUCACCAAGAACACCAAGGUCAUCUGUCAGGGUUUUACGGGAAAGCAGGGGACAUUUCACAGUCAGCAGUCUCUUGACUAUGGAUCGCAGUUAGUCGGAGGUGUGUCCCCCGGCAAGGGGGGCAAGACUCAUCUUGACCUGCCUGUCUUCAACUCUGUCAAAGAGGCGAAGGAAGGCACAGGAGCUGAUGCCACCGUGAUAUAUGUGCCCCCUCCAUUCGCUGCAGCUGCCAUCAUUGAGGCCAUUGAUGCUGAAAUUCCACUGGUGGUGUGCAUUACAGAGGGUAUCCCCCAGCAAGACAUGGUGAAAGUGAAGCAUAGACUUCUGCGCCAGAACACCACUCGUCUCAUUGGCCCCAACUGCCCAGGAGUCAUUAAUCCUGGAGAGUGCAAGAUUGGGAUCAUGCCUGGCCACAUUCACAAAAAAGGAAGGAUCGGUAUUGUGUCUAGAUCAGGAACUCUGACAUAUGAGGCUGUGCACCAAACUACACAAGUUGGCCUUGGCCAGUCCCUCUGCAUUGGUAUUGGCGGGGACCCGUUCAACGGUACAAACUUCAUAGAUUGCCUGGAGGUGUUCCUGCAGGAUCCCAAGACAGAAGGCAUCAUCCUGAUUGGGGAGAUUGGAGGCAAUGCAGAGGAGAAUGCAGCGGAGUAUCUUAAGCAACACAACUCUGGUGCUAACGCCAAGCCUGUGGUGUCCUUCAUCGCUGGGCUAACUGCUCCUCCUGGGCGAAGGAUGGGUCACGCUGGUGCCAUCAUUGCUGGUGGAAAAGGAGGCGCCAAAGAGAAAAUUGCUGCCCUGCAGUCAGCUGGAGUUGUAGUUAGCAUGUCCCCUGCCCAGCUUGGCAGCACUAUGUUCAAGGAGUUUGAGAAGAGGAAGAUGCUGUGAGCAGUUUGAGAAGACACGUGACCUCCAAGAUGAACAACCUGAUUCUUUACGUGCAUAUGCUCCCAAUCUCUAACCCCGAAUAUCUCUGCAACUAUGAGCACACAUUCAGUGUUUAUAUUGUAAUUCUGUCACGAACUUGCACAUAAUGAAAGUAAGAAAUAAAGUGUCUUGCUGGUAUCUUAAAGAGGCCAGAAUCAGAAUCAUCUUUAUUUUGCCAAGUAUGUCCAAAAACCUUAUGUAUGCUAUAAUACUUAUAUACCUUGUACAAGCUUUGCAGAUGUUAUUUUCCUUCCUCUGCUUAAUGUUGAAAGCUGAGGGAAGACUGGCAUUAUAACCCUUGGUUGAGUGCACCUGUUGUUGUAAGAUUCAUAUCCCAUCAUUUGUCAGUGGCUGCCCACCUGAAUAAGAAGUAUUUCUCAUCAGUCA